CUGGACAGGAAUCACUCGAGGCGCAGAUCCCAGCAUCAUGUGGAAGCCUGGAACGAAAGCACCGCCGCCGCGGGGCUCCGUCCUGCCGAAAAAGGUGGACGCGGCACCUGUGAAGAUGGCCAUGGAUGGCGCACCCAAGGCGCCGAAGCCUGCGCUCUCGCACAAGACGCUCGCUAUGAAGUUCAUGCAGAGGAAGAACCAAGCAGCCUUGACCAAGGCUGAGGUCCAGCAAGACGAGUGGGCUGAUGCGAAGGAGGACGGGGAAUCGUCGGGGGAACUAACGUGUAUUCGAGACUUGCCCGACCCGUCCAUGGACAAAAAACUUGGACGGAGGUCAUUCGGCGGAUUCAACGGAAGCAUUGAGGACGUGCACAAGGUGCUCAAGUCGAAUAAGCGCUUUGAAGAAGCGAACGACCGGGCUCUCAAGGACGAAGUGUCCGCAGAAGAGAUGGCAGACAGGUACGUCACUGCGGACAAGGUCCAGAGGAUGUGUUGACGAUGUGGUCCAGAAUGGUGAAGUAUGCAGGGCUCCGAAAAGGCCCGGGUAACAACAACAACCGGCCUCCCAAGCGGCAGAGGAAGUAGAAAGUCGGAUGUCUCGCAUGCGAACACCCAGUCGGUGCCGUGGAUGCGCGGCAUGAUCGACGGCGAGCUCGCGCCGUCCAAGCUCCUCCGAUCUGUGGAAUACUCCACAGCUUCAACAAUUCCUGCUGCAUUAGAAGUUCAAAAAUCCUUGAAUUGAUUGGAUUGAUCCAUAUCAAUUCGGGAAAUUUUCAAAUUUUAUUAACAAUGGAUUGAUCAAAAAAAAUGGGUAUUUCUCAAGAUCGUCCACCGA